AUGGGGCAUUUGUUUCGUAGUGUGAACUCUACCUUCUUGGCUUUGAUCCCGAAAAGAGCAGUCAUUGCUGAAAUUGCAGAUGUUAGACCAGACAAAAUCCUAACUGUUGACAAUCUGAUUAAAAAGGGGAAGAUAUUGCUUAAAGUGUGCCUUCUAUGCAAGAACGAUGGAGAGACUGGACUACAUUUACUGAUCCAGUAUUCAUUCACUACGAGAUUAUGGUACUGGCUUUUUGAGAUGGUUGGAGUUCAAAUGCCACUCCCUCAGAGGAUUGAUGAUUUGGUAACUUCUUUGAAAGCACCUUUUCUUCCUAAGAUAGGUCGUGUUGUCUGGAAGAUUACAGUUGUGACAAUUCUUUGGGAGAUAAGAAAAGAAAUGAAUAAGAGAACAUUUGAAGGGGUGGUUUACUCUUUUGAUCGAAUUCUUCACAUUUGCAAAUGGUCCAUCUGGUCUUGGUUGUCAGUGAAGAGAGAAGGGUGGGGAAUAUCCAAGGUGGAUGUAAUGGCUAAUUUACAAAAUUUGUUUUUCCUCGGCUCUGUAAAAUCAAGGCGUAGGAGUAUUUGGAUUGCUCCAUUUCAAGGAAGCCUUAAGCUUAUUUUUGACAGAAGCUCUUUGGGCAAUCCGGGGCUAACAGGAAUAGGUGGUCUUUUGCGAGAUUGCUUUGGUAAUGUUAUAUUCUCAUAUGUCGGCCCAAUUGGUUCUGCAACAGCUAAUUUUAUAAAAUUAAGUGCCUUGUUGUGUGGUCUCAAAAUUUUCAGCAGUAAGAAUACGGGGAUUAGUUGUACGAUCGAAGGUGAUUCUUUGAAUGUAAUCAAAUGGUGCAAGAAAGAGUAG